AUGCCCACUCAACUCACUUCCCUCUUCGGUUCCCGUAUAUCGUCAGCUUACAAUUCUCUCCGAGGGGAUUUAGGCGUCCCUCAGACAGCUACGGAGACUAUAGAUAAGUUGGUGGAUCGGAUCCAGACUUCCGCCGGGGUGGAAGAUAGGAGAACUGCAGUGUUGGGUUUGAAAGGCUUAAGUAGGGACUGGAGAGAGGAAGUGGGUGAUAGAGCUUUACCCAGUCUUGUAGCUGUUUUGCAAUAUGACGCACCAAACGAUGUUGAUAUUGCUAAAGCUACUUUGGAGACUUUGACGCAGUUGUGUGAAGUACCGGAUAAGCCGACCAGAGACGAUGUCGGUCUCAGAUUUACCGACCUUUUUCUCUCCGAUCCUCAACCCUUACAUUCACUCCUCUCUCUCCUCUCCAACUCUCCUUCCUUCUACCCUCGUUUUUACGCCCUUCAAUUCCUCUCGCAACUUCUCACUUCCCGUGCACCCGUCGCUCAGGCAUGUAUCAUGUCUUCCCCUCCACCCGGUGUAGAAGGUAUCUUAUCCGUCCUCGACGCUCAAGCUCCGAAGAUUUUGAGAAACGAAGCGUUAUUGUUGUUACCUGUCAUGUUGAGUGGAAACGCGGAUUUACAGAAGAUUGUGGCUUUUUCCGGUGCUUUUGAGAGAUUGUUUGAUAUAAUCCGACAGGAAAAUGGUGUGAAUGGUGGGAUCGUGGUCCAGGACGCUUUGACGGUGGUGGGGUGUCUGUUGAGGUUUAACGUGUCUAAUCAGAACUAUUUUCGUGAACUCUCCCUGAUUCCCGCCAUUCCAACCAUAUUAGGAUUCCCUCCGUCUUUACCUCUCGACCAACCGGCACCACACGAAUUCGCCCUCCAAUUCUGGCGUGAGCAGAAGAUCAACAAUGUCGGUUUGGUCUUGGGUUUAAUUCGGAUGUUAGUUGCUGACGUUCAGUCCGCUAUGGUAGCAGGUGGUGUCACUCGAUGUCUCCUAGAGCUCGCCCUCGCCUCCAACGCCCCGAACGGUCUCAAAUCUCAAGCUCUCAACACUCUCACACCCAUUCUCACCUCCUCCGUUCAAAACCAAACUCUGUUAUCCACUCUGGGCCUCUCUCCUCUCGUCGCGGUACAUGCAGACGAGGAACAUCCUAAUGGUGGAUUCGUACGGUUACCUACGCGACCAGCGGUGGAAGUAUUAGUGAGCGCCGUGGUGGAAGGUGAUCUUGCUGCGGGAGGGAGAGGUCUGAGAGGACGAGCGGCUGGAGUGAACAUGUUUGAGGCAUAUGUCUCUGGCAAUGAAGACGCCCGUAUAGGCAUCUUAACCUCAAUGAUCCCUUCCGACUCCUUGACAUCGCCAACCGCAGGUGCCAUUAUCCUUUCCGGUCUUCUUCAACUUCCCACAUCAGACCCGGAAAUUCCUUUUGACCCAUAUCGUCCCCUCUUCGCUUGUCUACUUCUCGGUCACCUCGUCCGAGAUUCUGAACACGCCAAGAAGCUCGCUAGGGAAAUCACGCUAUCCACGACGGAGGAAGGCGACCAAUCAGCCCUGGAUGCCGAAGCCGACGAGGACAGAGUGUCGUUGAUACAACUGGUGGUGGGUAAUCUUAUGAUGGCGUCGAGGGAGCAGGCGGAGUGUGCCAACAGAGCCGCGAAAGAGGGUAAAGUGGUAGGGGCCACGGAAGAGGAAGAUUGGAGUAGGGUGAUGGUAGGGUAUCUGGUGUUGUUGUGUACUUGGUUGUGGGAUAGUCCGAAGACUGUCAAGGAGUUUUUGUCAGAGAGUGCCAAUCUGCAAGUGCUCAUCCAACCGAUUACUCAACCAACGGGUAUCGACCCUUUGGUUCAAGGUCUGAGCGCUUUCCUAUUGGGAGUAUGUUACGAGUUCAAUCGGGAGCCAGGGGAGAUAACACGAGCAACCCUUCACCCGAUCCUCCACUCUCGGAUAGGACCUGAUCAAUUUGUCUCCCGUAUGGCUCGACUGAGAGAAGACCCUCGAUUCCGGGCUGUCCAACCAGACGCUUUUGACACAGAAGGUGCCCCCGAUGUUCCUGCGCAAGGAGGAGUGCAGGUGGCGCAGGACGGGGUGGAAGAUGUGGACGAGGGGUUGGAGCUGUGGUUUGAUUGGGCGUUCGUGGACUUUUGGAAGAACCAUUACUACACGAUACAACGUGCCAUCGCCGUCGACCCGGACGCCGUGAGAGGUGCUGGUUCAUCGGAUGACAGCGAGACAGCAGCGAUCAUCAUGUCCCUCAGACAAAAGCUCAAAGCUCAGAUCGACGAAGUGAUGGGUCUACAGUCCAAGCUCGCCCAUCAGGCUUCCGAACACAAGAACGAGAAAGAAAUCCUCGUCGGUGAAGUGCAAUUGUUGUCUGAGCAACUGGCUCAAUUAUCUUCUACCCAAAAAAUCGCCGUUUCGAGAGAAGAUUACGAAGCGUUGGCAAAGCAGCUGGCCGAGGAAGAGCAGCGGACCGCGGCGCUACAGGCUGACGCAGGAGCCGCUGAGACGCUACGAGACGAGGUGGACAAGUUGCGGUCAUCCCAUUCGGGCGCGUUACAAGAACUGGAGGCGAAACUGAAGACGGCGGAUAAGCAGGCGGAAGAGUUGAAGGGGAAGGUCGCUGAGCUGCAACAACAGGUGGAAGCAGACGAGAAGGUCUUGGAAGAAGAGAGACAGAAGAGGGCAGAGCAGGAAAAAGAACACGAGGAUCUGUUAGUUUUAUUAGAAGAAUUGAGUCAGAAGCGGAAGAAAGACAAGGAGAGGAUGCGAGAGCAAGGGUUGGAAGUCUCAGAUGCGGAAGAUGAGGAGGGUGACGAGGAGUGAUAUCAUGAUGACGAUUUGACUCACGGAAUGUCAGCGACUGGAUGUGGAUGGCAUUGAGACGAUUAGAGAGGGGGGUUUGAUUGACGACACUUUUUGCAUGACAACUUAUAACCUGAA